CGCCACCACCGCCCGGCUGCCUGUGCUUUUAAAGUAUAAAUUAUUUUGCAAUGAAAUGCUGAAUAUUUGAGUUAUACUAGUUUGUAUUGUCUUAAAUUAGAGGUGUAUUUGUAGUCUUUGGCUAUACAUUAAAGGCCUUACUUAGUAUGACAGUAGUGUAAUUUACAUUUGAAAAAAUCCAUGAUUUUCUUGUUCUGUGCAGUUGGGAAUUUAAAUGAAUCAUAAUCAUACAUACCAUGCUUUAGAUUGGUUACCCAUGGUUGAAAUCAAAUAUUUGUCUGGUUUUCAUUUAUUGCUACUUUGGUAAUGAAUAUUAUAAAGCGGUGAUGGGAACUUUGUUGACCAAAUGACAAAUGAUGUUUUUCUCAGAAUAGAGAACAAAGAAGAAAAUAAUCUAUUAUUAGUGUAAAAUACCUUAGAAUACACACCUGUAAUUAAUACAGAUGCCGUGUUCUUUGAUGUGAGGUGGUUGGUCUUUGUAAAUUGACAACUUGAGUUUUUGGAUUUUGAUUUUGAUGUUAAUAUAUUGGUAGAAUUGAAACUUGAUUAUGAAUUUUACAUUUACUUAGAUUUAACAUAAUUGUGUUUGGUUGUAAAACCAAAAUGGAUUACUUCAUUGAUUGAGUGACAUGGUUUUGACAAAUAGGGUUCAGUAAAGGAAUGUUUUUGAGUUUUUUGGGCAUGUCUAUGUGGUUGGUUACUUGUCUGCAUGGGAGAGAACACUUUUGUUGCAUUUGUAAUUUUGUUUUUAGAGACCUUGUGCGUCCAUCUUGAGGGAGUUUAUCUUUGACAGUUGAUAAUUGGCUGGGUUGAUGUGGCCUGUUGUUGUAAGUGACUGGUUGUUGAUGAAAUGUGAGUGUACCUAGAAUUUGAUUUGAAACAUUUGUGAAGGGUUCUUUUGGUUUUGAAGUUGAGGUUGAGUGUUUGACAUAAAGGCGACCAAGGUUGUUGUAAAUUCUUGAAUUUGAAGUUAUUAAUUUUGCCCAAAUAUAUAAUGUUGGAUGUGUGGCAUUUCCAAAGCUCAUGAUUUACAAAGAAGUUUGUUUCUUCUGAGGGGGAAAAUGGUUGUACUAACUUUUGCUUUACUGUAGUUGAACACUAGGGAGGCGCUCUUGAGUUGUAAAAAAAAAUUACCCCUUCCACUUGAGGUGGAAAAUUCCCCCUUAAUCUUUAGAUGUUUUUAGGCACCAUAAAGAAGGCAAGAGUUGAUUUAAUUUAUGGGCUUGAAAUGUUGCUUCUAUUUAAAAGCCAUUUUACCCAUGGUGGGGUGUUAAUUUUUUUAUAGAUUAGUAAUUAAACUGAGCUUUAGAGUCUCUAAAAUUUAUCUUUAUUUCAAAAUGGCUUGAUAAAACUGCACUUCCUGUCCAGGGAGGAAGUUAUUUUAGCUCAAGGACUGAAAUAUUUAGCAGAUCUUUAGACAAAAGGAACAAAUUACAUUUCUCUCUGGCUUAAAAAGGGUGCUUGAGCCAGAGGGGGUUAAGAAGCCCUCCCCCUCCCCCUGAUGGAGUGGUCUGGAGGGGCAGGGAGGUGUGGAGUUGGGGGUCUUCAGGCUCCCUUGGAUGGAGGAUCUAGUUCUUUUUUCUUUUUUUUUUUUUUUUGGUGGAGAUGAAGGGGUGGGUCUAUGGUACAUCACCUGAGUUGUGGGGUAAAUGUAGAGAGUGUCAAUCAAAGGCAGAGCUCUCAGAGCUGGGAAGGAGGCUCUAGAUGGCGGCUGUGCCUUAGAGAGAGCGCGCUUUGCUCCCUGCUUCGCUUCACUUUACGCAACUUUCCCUAACUUUCGGGCAGCCUCAGGGGGCCCCCGCAGCCCCCUGCCUCUCCUAGUGACUUACUGGGGUCGAUCUGAACCUUUUUUUGGGAGAAAAGCUGCUUUUAGGAGCUUUCUUUUCGUGCCUUGUUGGAAGAAGCUGCCGUAUUGAGAGCCCAGGUCGUUGUUUUUUCCAGCUUAGAAGCCAUGGCGCACCUCCAUUUUUGUGCGCUCUCCUAAUGAGGUUUUUUUUCCCUUCCGGACCUGUUUUAGUAUUAAUUAUUGCUUUAUUUUUUGACAAGUCAACAUAUUUGAGGAUUAUUUUAUUUACUUUUUGUUUUUUAACGGCGGAUUUUGCGUUUUUCAAAAUUAUUUUGGAUCGGAUAUUUUUCUACUACUAGAUAGGACUCUUGCUUUGGACAUACUACAUGGAUCAGUAAAUACCUGGGCACAGGACUUCAAAGCAAACACAGAUUUCCCCCUCCCCCUUAAUAUUUAAGAAUUAAAAGAUGAUGAGAAAUAAGGACAAAAGCCAAGAGGAGGACAGUUCGCUACACAGCAAUGCAUCGAGGUAUGAGCUAUCAACUUUCUUUCUUUCUUUUUUUUUUUUUUUUUUGGGGAAACCUCAGCUUACACUUGUUUACUUUGACAGACAUGGAUUGCUGUCUGUAUUUCAAGAUUUUUCUAACUUGGGUUGGUUUUUAAAGCGUGACCUUGAGAUUGCUCACAUGCCACACCCUGAUUUUUUGGUAUCAAUUUAUGAAAGUUGAGUUGUGACUUAAGGCCUCAUACAGCAUUCAGAAGGUAAGGUACUUUUGUACGGAGGGGCCUUUCCUAGAAACUGUAGUUUUUCUGUCAGUAAAUUUUCAGUUUUUAGGUUUUCAUGCUGCAGAAAAAUGACCUUGUCUGUUUAGCCAUUGCUGCAUUGCACCAUUUUACAUACAAGGCAAAUUUUUUUCUUUGAAGAAUCUGGGAUAUUCAAACUUGUAACCGAGGGCCAUAGAGCAGCCUGGUAGUAGUAAAUUAUAGUAAAUAGACAUUUGAGAAAGUUAUAUGAAUGAAAAAAUACACAUUUACAAACGGAAUCACAAAUAGGACCCUUUGACUGAUGCCUUUCAGUUUAUAUUUUUGAUUGUUUCUUUUGAUACACGUGACAAUUUAAAUUUUUUAUGACUUAUCAAAACAUUAAUGAAUAGUUCCUGAUAUCAUUAAAUCUGUAACCACGAAAAUGUUGGAAUGCUAUUUAAUACUUCAUCUUUGUGUUUGUUACUAUGACAAUGUAAUUGUAAAUUUUAUGCUUAAAAUGUUACAAGGUUUAUAUUUGUGUGUAUUAAGACAGUCCUUUCUGGUUGGUAAUUGUAUUUUAUUUUAUCCUUAUGUUUUAGUUGGUGCUGCUUUAAAUGUAUUCAUUUAUUUUGACAGAGUCCUGGAAUGCUUUCUCUUCUGAAGCUUUUUAAUGUACUGUUUAUUUAAAUCAUUUGUUUCUCAUUCCUUGAAGUAGCUUAUCAGUGACUGAAGUAAUAAAGCAUAUAAGAUAUUUUUUGUUGUAUGACUGUAUCUUUAUGUUAAUUUAAAAAUGGGAAUGCAUUUCUGGAUGUGUUCUUAAGAUUUGUCAUGUCAUAGUUUUAAAAUCAUGCAGCUAACAAGGAUGUGAUAGGUAUAUGAUCCAAUUUUGAUUUCACUUUAUAAUUUUGCAUAAAAUUAUUUUUCUAAAUUAGCUUGUAAAUUUGGAAGUGUGGACUAUAGUUUAUUACAAAUUGAAUUUACUCUUUACUAAAAUAUUUUGAGCCUUGCUUUUAAAAAUACAUUUCCAAGUUUUUUUGCAAAUUGAGUAGUUACAAUUUUGGAUAUCUUUUAAGUUGCUUGUGUAAUUAUUAGGUCAUAUAUAGAACAGAAAGCUUCUAAUGCAAAACUAAUUUUCUAGAAAGUAAUAUUUUGAGGGUAUAGGAAGUUUGAGAUAUAUUUGACAGUUAUGAAAGACCCCAUAUUAAAGUUGUUACUCCCUAGAGUGUUUGAUUUGCAUAUUCUCACCAGGGUUUUGGCUUUCUUAUGCAAGGUUUUGCGUUUCAUUGAUUAGACUGUUCUAACUCUAAGUGCUGUCUUUGAAUAAACUUACUUUUAUUUGGGUAAUAACUUGGGCAUUGAUUAUGAUGGAUUUGAUUCCUUUUCUCAAAAAUGGUUUUUAAUGCUUUUGCCAAGUAUACUUUUAAUCAUAUACUCGAUGAAUGUCCAGAAUAGUCUAGACUCCUUGAAGAUGAAGUUACUUUUAAAUCACUGUUACCCUUAAGUUACAUAUGUUAUUAAUGCCUGUUCACAGUUAUGACAUCACUUCCUUUAAAGAUUGUAAAGUUUACAGAAUAUGUUAUUUUGUGUGAUAUUUCUCCGGAGUUGGAAUUUAUGUUGCCCUUGUGUAGCUAUCUGUUACUGUGUCAUCCAGUAGGUUGACACUGGAAAGAAGUGUUCAGGGACCACAACUAAAACCACCAACUUUGCAGCCUGAUUCUGCAGGGGAUGAAAGGAAUUGUUUUCAGAUCAAGUAAAUUUUGUAACCAGAAUCGCUUGAGAUACUGGGAUGAGCAAAAGUUUAAAGUCAACUUGUUUUCCUGUUUCUGAAACAAGCACUAUACUUUUUAAAAAUAAUGAUUAUGUAUUUUUUUGAAGUUAAUGUUGAAGUCUAAUGUGCUUUGUAUAUCACGAUUUUUGGUGAUUACAUUUUUACUGUUUAGAAUGUAAUUGUAAACAUUUCACAUUUGUAAAUUUCAAAAUACAGUAGUCUUAGUGAUGGACACAUAAAAGUAUGCCAAACACUUACCUAAGUUAUAUCCAGGAACGGAGACUAGGGGGAAGGGAAUGCACACUUAAGAAGGGAUUGUUACAUGUUCAGGACAUGGCAUUUCCAAACUGAAAAUUAAAUGUUUAUAUAAAAAUUGUCUGCCUUUGAGCCAUAUUUUGGUAUCUAGAGGUGUGGUUAAAUCUUACGGCUUUUCUCUAGAACGCUUUCGUUCUUGUAAGGCAGCAAUGGUUAAAAAGGCAUAUGCAGUGUUUGUGUACUGGGAACAGGCAGUUUUAAGUGGCAGCCAUUUUAUGACGCUGAUAAUACUUUUAAAAAACGAAUUUUUAAAAAGGCUGAAAACAAAUGAAACCUAAUAUCAGAAGAUCCCUUUCCCCACGUUCCCAUUAGUACUCUGAUGAUGAAAUAAGGGGCAACUCGGUAGUUGGCGCAGGCAGCAGUUCUCGGAGGUCCUGGCAUCUUGGUGCAGGUCCAGCUCAGUCACAAAAUGGCUGUUCCUUUGUGCCGCAGCGCUGACAGACAUACUGCAUUGCACUGUGUACUCGCCAAACAGCAGGAAGUUGCUGUGCGGAGUUCAAAGGCCGGCCGGCGCUGGCGGCGGGUGCUGAUUGGCUGUGUGAGCGCCUGGUAACAGCAGGGUCAACGGCAGCGCCGUCGGGCUGGUCCCGCCCCCUGACGUCAGACGGAGUGGGCGGGAGAACGCGGUGACGCGCGGCCUCGUGCGUCGGUCUGCUACUUCCUCUGGGCUCGGCUAGUGCCGGGGGCGGGGCUGAGGAAGGGAAUUUCGGUCGGGACUUUCCGGUGGGCGGCUUCUUUCCGGACCGAUUUUGGUCCUUGCAGUCCUUAGGCCUGGCCUGUAGUGGUCCACACCACACCCUUCAGUGUGUUCCCAAGCCCGUUCUUGGAAUGUUUAUCCUCUUUUGAAGAAAAGACACAGUAAUCGUAAAUCUCCAAGUAGUAGUACGCUAGGUUUUUUACUUACGGUUUUCGCUUUUUUUUUUUUUUUUUUUAAUGUUCCGGUGCGUUUUCUCCCGUUUAGUCCCUUUUUCUGUGUAAGAUUAGUGAGUUUCAUUUUGUUCCCAUUGGUUGAUAGCAGUUCAGUGUGAGUGUAAUGUUUUUAGUUCAAAGACCUUAACGGGUGUUUAAGCUCUGUGUCAUACAUGGCUCAUAAAGCAAGGGAAGAACAUUUGAGCUUGUCCCCGUGCAUUUUUACUUGGUAUCAAACAUUUUCUCAAUUGACAUUUGAGGAAGAAAAACUCAGUCAUUCAGCCUCUGAAGAAGCUUCGGGUUCAGACUCUGGCAGUCAGUCCGAAAGUGAGCAGGGCAGCGAUCCCGGAAGUGGACAUGGCAGCGAGUCCAAUAGCAGUUCAGAAUCUUCUGAGAGCCAAUCGGAGUCUGAGAGUGAAUCGGCAGGUUCCAAAUCGCAGCCAGUCCUUCCAGAAGCCAAAGAGAAGCCUGCCUCUAAGAAGGAACGGUUAGCUGAUGUGAAGAAGAUGUGGGAAGAAUAUCCUGAUGUCUAUGGGGUUAGGAGGUCAAAUCGAAGCAGACAAGAGCCAUCACGAUUUAAUAUUAAGGAAGAGGCAAGUAGCGGGUCUGAGAGUGGGAGUCCGAAAAGAAGAGGCCAGAGGCAGCUGAAAAAACAAGAAAAGUGGAAACAGGACCCCUCAGAAGAUGAACAGGAACAGGGAACCAGUGCAGAGAGUGAGGCAGAACAAAAGAAAGUAAAAGCUAGAAGACCCGUCCCUAGAAGAACAGUGCCCAAACCUCAAGUUAAAAAGCAACCUAAGAUUCAGCGUGGAAAGAGGAAAAAACAAGAGUCUUCAGAUGAUGAUGACGAUGAUGAUGAAGCUCCCAAAAGGCAGACUCGACGUAGAGCUGCUAAAAAUGUGAGUUACAAAGAAGAUGAUGACUUUGAGACUGAUUCAGAUGAUCUCAUUGAAAUGACUGGAGAAGGAGUUGAUGAACAGCAAGAUAAUAGUGAAACUAUUGAAAAGGUCUUAGAUUCAAGACUGGGAAAGAAAGGAGCCACUGGAGCAUCUACCACUGUGUAUGCUGUUGAAGCUAAUGGAGAUCCUAGCUGUGACUUUGACACGGAGAGGGAGGAAGGUGAAAUCCAAUACCUUAUCAAGUGGAAGGGCUGGUCUUAUAUUCACAGCACGUGGGAGAGUGAAGAAUCCUUACAACAACAGAAAGUGAAGGGCCUAAAAAAACUGGAGAAUUUCAAGAAGAAGGAGGACGAGAUCAAGCAGUGGUUAGGGAAGGUUUCUCCUGAAGAUGUUGAAUAUUUCAAUUGCCAACAGGAGCUGGCAUCAGAGUUGAAUAAACAGUAUCAGAUAGUAGAAAGAGUAAUAGCUGUGAAGACAAGUAAAUCUACACUAGGCCAAACAGAUUUUCCAGCUCAUAGUCGGAAGCCAGCACCUUCAAAUGAACCUGAAUAUCUGUGCAAGUGGAUGGGGCUGCCCUACUCAGAGUGCAGCUGGGAAGAUGAAGCCUUGAUUGGAAAGAAAUUCCAGAAUUGUAUCGACAGCUUCCACAGUCGAAACAACUCCAAAACCAUUCCCACAAGAGAAUGCAAGGCACUAAAGCAAAGACCACGGUUUGUAGCUUUGAAGAAGCAGCCGGCAUACUUAGGAGGAGAGAAUCUCGAGCUCCGAGACUAUCAGCUGGAGGGCCUCAACUGGCUUGCUCACUCCUGGUGCAAAAGUAACAGUGUCAUCCUUGCUGAUGAGAUGGGCCUAGGAAAGACCAUUCAGACCAUAUCGUUUCUCUCCUACCUGUUCCACCAGCACCAACUCUAUGGGCCCUUUCUCAUAGUUGUUCCCUUAUCCACCCUUACCUCAUGGCAGAGAGAGUUUGAGAUCUGGGCGCCAGAGAUUAAUGUCGUGGUUUAUAUAGGUGACCUGAUGAGCAGAAAUACGAUAAGAGAAUAUGAGUGGAUUCAUUCUCAGACCAAAAGGUUGAAGUUCAAUGCACUUAUAACAACAUACGAGAUCCUCUUAAAAGAUAAGACCGUGCUGGGCAGUAUUAACUGGGCCUUCCUGGGAGUAGAUGAAGCCCAUCGGUUGAAGAAUGAUGACUCUUUAUUGUAUAAAACUCUGAUUGAUUUCAAGUCCAACCAUAGGCUACUGAUCACGGGCACCCCUCUUCAGAAUUCCCUCAAGGAACUUUGGUCCUUGCUGCACUUUAUUAUGCCGGAGAAGUUUGAGUUCUGGGAAGAUUUUGAAGAAGACCAUGGAAAAGGGAGAGAGAAUGGCUACCAGAGUCUUCAUAAGGUACUAGAGCCUUUUCUUCUUCGAAGAGUCAAAAAAGAUGUGGAGAAAUCCCUUCCUGCCAAAGUGGAGCAGAUUCUCAGGGUGGAGAUGUCAGCCCUUCAGAAACAGUAUUAUAAAUGGAUCCUGACCAGGAAUUACAAGGCUCUUGCCAAAGGAACAAGAGGCAGCACAUCUGGCUUCCUUAAUAUUGUGAUGGAGCUGAAGAAGUGCUGCAACCACUGUUACCUGAUCAAAGCUCCCGAGGACAGUGAACGGGAGACCGGCCAGGAGGUCCUUCAGUCCCUGAUUAGGAGCAGUGGGAAGCUGAUUCUGUUAGACAAACUGUUGACAAGACUCCGAGAAAGGGGCAACAGAGUCCUUAUCUUCUCUCAGAUGGUGAGGAUGUUGGAUAUCCUGGCUGAGUACCUGACUAUCAAACACUACCCUUUCCAGCGCCUGGAUGGUUCUAUCAAGGGAGAAAUCCGAAAACAGGCAUUGGAUCACUUCAAUGCAGAUGGGUCUGAGGACUUCUGUUUCCUGCUCUCCACACGGGCUGGCGGCCUGGGAAUCAAUUUGGCUUCAGCGGACACAGUUGUCAUCUUUGACUCUGACUGGAACCCCCAGAACGACUUGCAGGCACAAGCCCGAGCACAUAGAAUCGGUCAGAAGAAGCAGGUGAAUAUUUACCGCCUGGUUACAAAGGGGACUGUGGAAGAGGAGAUCAUAGAACGGGCCAAAAAGAAGAUGGUAUUGGACCAUCUGGUGAUUCAGCGCAUGGACACCACUGGCAGGACAGUUCUUGAAAACAACUCAGGAAGAUCCAACUCAAAUCCUUUUAAUAAAGAAGAGCUGACAGCUAUUUUGAAAUUUGGAGCAGAGGAUCUCUUCAAAGAAAUUGAAGGAGAGGAGUCAGAGCCUCAGGAAAUGGAUAUAGAUGAAAUUUUGCGUUUAGCUGAAACCAGAGAGAAUGAAGUGUCAACUAGUGCAACAGAUGAGCUGCUAUCACAGUUUAAGGUUGCCAACUUUGCAACGAUGGAAGAUGAAGAGGAGCUAGAAGAGCGUCCUCACAAGGACUGGGAUGAAAUCAUUCCCGAAGAGCAAAGGAAAAAAGUGGAGGAGGAAGAGCGGCAGAAGGAACUGGAAGAAAUUUAUAUGCUGCCUCGGAUUCGCAGUUCUACUAAAAAGGCUCAGACAAAUGACAGUGAUUCUGACACUGAAUCUAAGAGACAGGCCCAGAGGUCUUCUGCUUCCGAGAGUGAGACAGACGACUCUGAUGAUGAUAAGAAGCCAAAGCGCAGAGGGCGCCCCCGAAGUGUGCGCAAAGACCUCGUGGAGGGCUUCACGGAUGCCGAGAUCAGAAGGUUCAUCAAGGCUUAUAAGAAGUUUGGUCUCCCUCUUGAAAGGCUAGAGUGCAUAGCACGUGAUGCUGAGCUAGUUGAUAAGUCUGUGGCAGACUUGAAACGCCUGGGGGAGCUGAUUCAUAAUAGCUGUGCGUCGGCAAUGCAGGAAUAUGAGGAGCAGCUGAAAGAAAAUGCCAGCGAAGGAAAAGGACCAGGCAAGAGAAGAGGCCCGACAAUCAAGAUCUCUGGGGUUCAGGUUAACGUGAAGUCCAUUAUCCAACACGAAGAAGAGUUUGAGAUGCUGCAUAAAUCUAUCCCUGUGGACCCUGAGGAAAAAAAAAAAUACUGCUUAACCUGCCGAGUCAAAGCAGCACAUUUUGAUGUCGAGUGGGGCGUGGAGGACGAUUCUCGUCUGUUGCUUGGAAUCUAUGAACAUGGCUAUGGAAAUUGGGAGCUAAUUAAGACAGACCCAGAGCUAAAGCUAACUGAUAAGAUUCUACCAGUGGAGACAGAUAAAAAGCCUCAGGGGAAGCAGCUGCAGACCCGAGUGGACUACUUGCUGAAACUGCUCAGGAAGGGUCUGGAGAAGAAGGGCACCGUGACCAGCGGGGAGGAGGCCAAACUAAAGAAGCGGAAGCCUCGAGUGAAGAAGGAGAACAAAGCACCCAGGCUGAAGGAUGAGCAUGGGCUAGAGCUGCCAUCUCCUAGACACUCCGACAACCCAUCCGAAGAGGGGGAAGUGAAGGAUGAUGGUCUAGAAAAAAGUCCAACGAAAAAAAAGCAGAAGAAGAAAGAGAACAAGGAGAACAAAGAGAAACCAGUGAGUUCUCGGAAAGACAGGGAAGGAGACAAAGAGAGGAAGAAGUCCAAGGACAAGAAAGAAAAGGUUAAAGGUGGUGAUGCCAAGUCUUCAAGUAAAUCAAAGCGAUCUCAGGGUCCUGUCCACAUUACAGCAGGAAGUGAGCCUGUUCCCAUUGGGGAGGAUGAAGAUGAUGAUCUGGACCAGGAAACCUUCAGCAUUUGUAAGGAGAGGAUGAGGCCUGUGAAGAAGGCACUAAAACAGUUGGACAAACCUGACAAGGGACUCAGUGUGCAAGAACAGUUGGAACACACCAGGAACUGCCUGCUCAAAAUUGGAGACCGCAUAGCCGAGUGCCUUAAAGCUUACUCAGACCAGGAGCACAUCAAAUUGUGGAGGAGGAACCUAUGGAUUUUUGUUUCCAAGUUUACAGAAUUUGAUGCUCGAAAACUACAUAAGUUAUAUAAGAUGGCUCAUAAGAAAAGAUCUCAAGAAGAGGAGGAACAAAAGAAGAAAGAUGAUUCGCUUGGUGGUAAGAAACCAUUUCGACCAGAGGCCUCGGGCUCAAGCCGGGAUUCUCUGAUAUCUCAGUCCCAUACCUCACACAACCUUCAUCCUCAGAAGCCUCAUUUGCCUGCCUCCCAUGGCCCACAGAUGCAUGGACAUCCAAGAGAUAACUACAGUCACCCCAACAAGAGACACUUUAGUAAUUCAGAUCGAGGAGACUGGCAGAGGGAAAGAAAGUUCAACUAUGGUGGUGGUAACAAUGCCCCCUGGGGAGGCGACCGGCACCACCAGUAUGAGCAGCAUUGGUAUAAGGACCACCACUAUGGUGACCGGAGACAUAUGGAUGCCCACCGUUCUGGAAGCUACCGACCUAACAACAUGUCCAGAAAGAGGCCGUAUGAGCAGUACAACAGCGACCGAGACCACCGGGGACACAGAGACUAUUAUGACAGGCACCAUCAUGACUCCAAGCGGAGGAGGUCAGAUGACUUCAGGCCCCAGAAUUACCACCAGCAGGAUUUCCGACGAAUGUCUGACCACAGACCCACCAUGGGUUACCACGGCCAGGGGCCCUCAGACCAUUACCGCUCUUUCCACACAGACAAGCUGGGGGAAUAUAAACAGCCCAUGCCUUCAUUGCACACUGCGCUCUCAGACCCACGCUCACCCCCUUCCCAGAAGUCUCCCCAUGAUUCCAAGUCGCCCUUGGAUCAUAGGUCUCCUUUGGAGAGAUCACUAGAACAGAAAAACAACCCAGAUUAUAACUGGAAUGUUCGGAAAACAUAAAGGACCACUCCUGAAGGGGAGAGAGCACAGUAGUCAUCGAGCACUUGGGCGUUUUAGUCUGAUGCAGCUGUGGCCAGUGGUCAGGCUGCUGAGCGGAGUUUCUGGAUACGCUGCUGCUGACUCCACUGACUUGGCAGCUGAAGGAGCACUUGAAGGAGUUGGAGGCCUUUGUCUGCUGCUUUGGUUCGGUCUCCACUUCUGCACUUUGGCACCCCCACCCAUCCUAGCCUAUCAUGGCCUCCCACCCCCAUGGGUGCUAGGAAGAGGUGACUUUAUGUACCAGCUUCCUCUGUGAAGGAAUCCAGGAUCUUGAGAGUCAAUGAAUGUUCUAUUCAGCAUGAGUGACCAGGGCAAGGACCUGCCAGACAGUGUGUGAUUGGUUCACCAUGACACGCUGCUCAUGGGAAGUGGGGGCACAGGGUGGGUUUCACACUGCAAGACUUGAAAGGGGAGCAGGCAUAUCCCUUAGCUGUGUUCUUGGGAGAAAUGAUACACUUGGUCUCAUUAUGUGAAGUGGGCCGGGGAUAACGAGACAGGGAAAUGGCCGCCACCGUGGCCUCCUCUCUGCCAACACUAAUUUUCCCCACACUAUCUUUGUACAUUUCAAAGGUUUGGUCUUUUGGGUGGCAUCCGUUUCCCCUUAUUGUCAGGGAAAAGUUGGAUCCCUCUGGCUGAUUUAGAGUACUGUGACUUGGGCAUUGCUAAUGCUAGUGUGGGGCUUACUUGUUUGGGGAGUGGGCUAAGUGGGUGUAGGGGUGGAGAUGAGGGUGGGGAUAGUAUAACCAGGAAAAGAGGAAUCCCUGGUGGGUUUCUGAUUCCUGUGGUGAGGAGGAGAUUCACAGGUCCGGGAGAUGGAAAUGGAGGUGGCCUGCUGAUGAGAUACCUGCUGGUGAGCUCAGAUAUGGGACAUAUAUGCAGAUAGGGGUCAGGGUUCAUUGACAGUGCCAGCAAGCACGAAGUUGUCAGUAUUGAAGUGGGUCAGUGAAUUGUAGCUGCACCUUGGUUCCUUUACACAGCUUGAAGGGCAGACUGCACAGACCCAGAUAUCUUGACAGUUGAGAUGUGGUCAGGUGAAAAGCUACAUUUCCAUUACCAGUCAGAACUCAGUAGAAUCAAACCUUGUUACUUUAAGAGCUGUAGAGUAUAAACCUUAGUUAAUGUUUCCCCAAAUCACAAGCAUCCGUGAUGGGGUAGCCAAGUUGUUAAGAUGGCAGGAGGCUGGUCAGCAUCAGGGUGGGUCGGAUUGUGGGACAGAUGGGUUGUAUCAUUGAAUGGCUCUUCUCAGUGUGUAGAUACUGGGUUGGGCCUUGGGUUUUACUCACUUUCAAUAUAGCUUGCCAGUAUUGUUAAGAUAUCCAAAGCUUUUCUAGAUGGAGACAGGAAAACUGACUUGAACAUAUGGUAGGUGUGCCUCUGUAAGAGUCCAGGCUCACUCUAAGUUGAUGAAAAGUCUUGUUUGGACAUAUGCAGGGUUUGGCUCCCUGAACACUCUUGGUGGGGUGGUCAUCCCAGGCAGAGUACCAUUAGUGACUUCCCCAAGACAAGCAUGAGUUGUGCCCUUGAGUGAAACAUCUGGCCAUGCAUGGUUGUGGUGGGCCAUUGCUUUUGCUGCUUUAAAGCACCACAGACCUGGAUGGUGCUGAGUUGGUCCCUGCAAUGAGUGCUUGGUAGACCAUCACCUUCCAGGCUCCUCAUGGCACCGGAUCCUUCACCUUGACCAUGUGCAUGCAUGACUUACAGUAGAGCCCACUGACUGCAUGGGAGUCCUCAGCUAGAGUCUGCUGCCUGGUGGCUUGCUGGACUUCUCAGUCAAGGCUGAAAGGUCUGUUUUGGUCACACAGUGAAAAGUGAAGCAUAGAUGGAGCUUCUCCCUGAUCACAGUGACACUGUCUGUGUUUGAUUUGCUGAGCUCUCGGAUGCUGGGAGUGUAGCAAGGGCAGGAAGUACCUCUGCAGAAGGCGGAGGCCUUGCCUUUCCACAUUCACCUAGGUCUUGUCUUUCAACUUGUCAGUAGAAGUUACAAAUUAUUCUCAAUGCUGUCUGUCUCAUCAUGAGGAAAAGGGAACUUCCUUUUGUUCCUAUUCAGGACUUUGAGGGUAUAGUGCCAUAAAAUGUAGCAAAGAGCCAUCCGGGCCAGAUCAGUGUUACAUUGAUUCUAAGAUUACAGUAUCUCCCAUCAAACAUCUGCUGUAGGUGAUGGAGUGUAUUUGAAGAGGGGGUGGGAGAAAGGAAGCAUUCCUCUUGUUAAACCAGUAUGUGCAUCAUAUGCUUACCGCAGAAGUUUGCACAGGUAAGAGAAGCUGCCAAUGGAGUUCUGGAGAGCCUGGCUUUGGGCAGCUCAUUAGUGGGGAAGUUACGUGUGAGUGUUGUCAACUCCUGAAGUCCUAUGAUGCACUGUGGCCCUAGAAAAGGAAGGUGAAGCCUCUGCUGACCACUGUGUCCUCUCGGACUUGGGGAGCCUGCAGGAGCCCAAUCUGAUGGUCCUUCCUUAUACUCUGUGUAGUCAUUCCUUAAGCCCCACAAAGGGAGCGCAAACAUUUCUCACUGUGCUGCUGAUGUUCUGACCUGGUGUGUCUGACAGUUGCAUCAGGCUUUGCAGAGCAAAGGUGAUUCACUUAAGUGUUCACGCACAGCAACACUGAAAUCCUACAGACCAAACCCACUUGUCAGCAGGAGCCAUGGUCCAGGCCCAGCACCUGUGGCCUUACAGCUGAGGCCAGCUGUGUUGGGUAAGAGAGCCAUGCCAAGGGUCCAGGCUGCUUUACUCCAUCUGUGCCCUACCCACUUGGGGACAGGUGGUUUUUCUUGUAAACUUGUGGACUUUUGAAACCUGUUGACUAAACAGUAAUUAAUUUAUAUUUGUGAAAAAUGCCACUGUCCUGGUGAUUUCUGAUGUAAAUAAUGUUGUUUAUAUAGUAUGUAUUAAAUUUUCCUACAUUGUAAAA